AUGGCUGCAAAUGGGAAUACAUCGGGAGACAAGGCCCGCAAGUCGCUUAUCCUCAAUGCUUUCGUUGAGAUGUGCAGUGGCCAUCAAUCACCCGGCUUAUGGCGCCAUCCUGAAGACGAAUCUCAUAGAUUCAAUGAUAUUGACCACUGGACCGAGCUGGCGAAGCUUCUGGAGGAUGCCAAAUUCCACGGUAUCUUCAUUGCCGAUGUAUUAGGAGGAUAUGAUGUUUACAAAGGACCCAGAAACCUCGACCCAGCGGUUGUGUCGGGUGCUCAGUGGCCAGUGAACGAGCCGCUGGCUGUCGUUCCGGCGAUGGCAGCAGUGACCAAAAACAUCGGGUUCGGCGUGACGGUCACCACAACAUAUGAGCAACCUUACCAUCUCGCGAGACGCUUGUCUACCGUUGAUCACCUCACGAAAGGACGGGUUGGAUGGAACGUUGUCACUGGCUACCUUGAUUCUGCUGCUCGAAACUUGGGUGCAGCUGAACAACCUAAUCAUGACGACAGGUAUGCGGUUGCAGAGGAGUAUAUCAAAGUAACCUACAAACUGUGGGAAUCAUCAUGGCGCCAGGAUGCCGUGGUCCUAGACCGUGAGCGCGGCAUCUACACCAACCCAGAGCUUGUGCGCCAGAUCAAUCACGUCGGCAAGUAUUUCAAUGUGCCGGGCCCUCAUAUCUGUCAACCCAGCCCGCAGCGAACGCCGGUCAUCCUGCAGGCUGGCACCUCCAAAGCCGGCAAGACUUUUGCGGCGCAGCAUGCGGAAGCCAUCUUCGUGGCAGGCCACAGCCCGUCCGUGGUGGCCAAGAACGUGGCUGAGAUCCGCCAGCUGGCGAAGACGGAGUACGGACGUGACCCGCAAAGCAUCAAGUUCCUGGCGCUUUUGUGUCCGGUUUUGGGCAAGACAGAGGAGGAAGCCCUUGAGAAAUUCAAGUACUACCGUAGCCUUGGCUCUAUUGAUGGUGCUCUCGCUCUGUUCGGAGGCUGGACUGGUAUCGAUUUGAACAAGUAUGAAGAGGAAGAGGAGCUCCGGCACGUUCAGAGUAAUGCCAUUCGUUCCGCUGUGGAGGGCUGGUCCAAGGCUACGCCGGAAGUCGCUAAAUGGACCAAGAACACUGUCGGCCAGCACAUCACCGUCGGCGGUCUCGGCGCCACUCCUGUUGGCACGGCUGCACAGGUCGCUGAUGAAAUGGAACGCUGGGUCGAGGAAGCAGAUGUCGAUGGCUUCAAUCUGGCAUACGCCGUCAAGCCUGGCUCAUUCAAAGACAUCAUCAACCUUCUCAUUCCUGAGCUUCGCCGACGCGGCUUGUUUUGGGAUGACUAUGCGGUGCCCAAGGGCACGUACCGUGAGAAUCUGUUAGCGCAGCCGGGUCAGUCUGGUCCUCGUGCGGAUCACCCGGCUUCGAAGUACCGGUGGAAUGCGGGUGUCGAUGCUGCAAAGGCCCCUGUUCCAAACUGA